AUGCGAUCAGCUCAGCCAUCCUUCUCGCCCGAGUUCUCCGCCCUGGAUCCCAUAAUCAUGGAUGACGACAUGGAGUCCACCUUUCGCAACGCCAACAUGGAUUUUUUGGACCCCACAAAAUUGGAAAUGUCGACCGAGAAUGCGGGUGGUGAGUUUGACGAUCUGUUUGCUCGAGCCACGAACUCCGGUCCAAACGGCGCUUCGGGGCCUUCGAAGCCAAACGAAGACCAAAACCCCCUGAGGCAAGUGCCGACCCUGGCAGCCGACUCUCCAGCCGAAUCGCUGGAUGAUUCAAGUCACAGCUCUUCCUCCGAAUCGCCGCGGAAUCACCUGCGACAAACCUCGGUCGCUUCGACAAAUUCCGCUGCGCAUAGCGAGAACCAUUUGGCUUCUCUCAACUAUGGACACGAAGAUUGGAUGCGCCCGGAGUUAUCGUCGGUGAAGGAGGAGUCACCGUUUAAUAUCGUUCCCUCUUUUUCUAUGGAUGGUUUUUCUAUGGAUCCGGAUCUGGAGGUCAGCAACAAGGCGAUGGACGCGGCAUUCGAUUUCGAAAGUGCGGCGAGUAGCCCUAGUCCAUUGAAAACAGAGAACGAGUCUCUACCGAGACCUCAAAAACGGCCCAAACCUCAGCUUUGGAGCCCUUCAAGCAAUAAUGCUGGGCUGCCAUCGGCCGAUGCUGCGCCCACAAUCCAUGCACCUGGGUCUCCGUUCUUCGCUUUUGGGCUCAAUGGCCAAUCGCAAUACCCCACCACAGUACAGCAAGAUAUGGAUAGGACGACUUUCCAAUGGGACGGGCAGUCUCCUUCCUCCCUUCUAGAAGAAAGCUUCGGCGGCAUUAACAUGAACCGCCAAUCACCUCUCCACGCUUCCCUAUCACCCUCCAUGAACUUCAGUUCGCCCGCAGCCUACCCUCUCCCUGCCAACUUCGCUUCUUCACCUGCACAACCCCAGGCAAAUUCCAAGUCCCUGCAGCCUAUUCUGACCGUCCAUCCUACGUCCUUGAAAUCUCGCGUCGAAACGCAAAUCCCGAUCAUAUUGACCCUAUCCCCACUACCUACAGGUGUAAAGAAACUCCGCCUUCCCUCGCACACUAUCUCGAAACUCAAAUUCCUCGCUCCUCCCGCCACCGAACCUGCCCCCGAUACUCUCCAAUUGUACACCAGUUUGGUUUGUACAAGCGCCAUGCAAGACAGAGACAAGAUCAAGCGGGCAUUUGCCCGGACACGGGGCGUUCACUAUCAACCAACCUCAGAUGAUGAACGCCCGUUGGACGGAGGCGAUGUGAAAAUCUGCAGCGGGUGUAUACAACGAGAACGGAAACGUGCGUCUCGAAAGAAACAACGCAAGCCUGAGGAAGAUGAAUUGUUUCAGAAGGAUGAAGAAAAGCGUGUCAUCGUCUUCAACACUAGCGAGAUCAAGGAAUGGACGGAACCACCGAAGAACUCUAGCGGUGGAUAUGGCGAUAGAACGUCAGUCCCGCCAGGAUCAAUGCAGGUGGAACUACCGAUGCGAAUUGCAUGCUACUGCCGGCAUCAGAACGAGAAAAUCGGUUUCCAAGUCAUAUUCACUGUGAAAGAUCAUCUGGACAAUGUGAUUGCGCAGGCGAUCACAAAUUCCAUCAUGAUCACUGACGACCACAAGACGCAGGCCCCUUCUGCCCCUGCGCCGACUGGCCCCUCGCCCUCGCUCGCAGAUGGGACACAAGUACCAGGCGUUGGCGUCUUUCCCUCCGGGCAACACCUUGAUUCUUAUGGUGCGCCUCAGUCGCCAACUGAUCUUCAGGGUCUACAGCAAAGAUUUAGUUCACAAUACCAGCUCACUCCCAGUUCGUUCGCAGCUACCGGCUCAACAAAUGGGGCGUCUGCGCAUCAAACGUCCCGAAGCCUAUCUCGUGGAGCAUCCCCAUCUGAUUUCCAAGGACCUCAGAGUAAACGACGCAAACACAGCAGCUCUGGAAGACUCCCAUCAGAGCUGACGAUGACCCGACUUGAAACCCCUCAGUCGUCUGCACCGGCUAUGAACAAUGCUGCACAGCUUGCCGCUGCACGUGGAUUCGCCUCUCCGACACAACGGCCAUUUGUAACGCCGUCGUCUAUGUCACAAUAUGGCAAUGGCCCGCCCACCCCCAGCCCGAACAAUGACAACAAUCCGUUCUUCAAUCCCACUCCUGCUCAGCGUCAAAGUCUGGACAACCUGGCUGGUGGAGCAAUGACAUCAACGCCCAACUCUGCUCAUCCCAGCCGUCCUGGAACACCUGGUGGCUCGAAUCGCAACGGCUUCCAGGAUCCAAAUCUCGCUAUGGGACUUGGUGCGAACACUUCAAGUCAAGUUUGGCCUCCUCUCAACAAUACUCCCCACAGACUGCCGUCAGUGAUUCACAAAUUGGUGCCUGCCGAGGGCUCCAUCACAGGAGGUACUGAGGUUACACUGUUGGGCAGUGGGUUCUAUCCUGGCAUGGAGGUUGUUUUCGGUGACACUUUGGCUACGACUACCACAUUCUGGGGGGACAAAUGCCUGAACUGUCUGACCCCUCCUGCUCUCCAACCGGGAUUGGUAUCAGUUAUGUUCAAACACGAGCACCCGACGUUUGGCCAAGUUCAGCAGCCUCACACUAUUAUGCCUAAACAGCAGCUGUUCUUCCGCUACGUGGACGACCGUGAACUUCAAAUGUAUCGUUUGGCGCUGAACAUUCUUGGUCAGAAAUUGGGCAGUCAAGCCGAUGCAUUCCAUACAGCUCAGCAGAUCAUGGGAAGCGACCCUAAUGCUUUGUUCAAUAUGCAGGCGGACAUGCAAGGUAACUCUUCUGGAGGAGGUCAGCAACGCCAGGUGCCAGGCCAUGACAACCAGGGCAAACUCAGCGAUCUCGACUCGAAGAUGCUGACUUAUCUGGAGUUCAUCGACCUGGAUGACAGUCCGCGGCCACCACGGUAUAAUUCUCGCAACGCGACCGGUCAAAGCCUGCUUCACUUUGCGGCCUCAUUGGGACUGACGAGAUUUGCCGCCGGACUUUUGGCUCGAGGUGCAAACCCCGACGUGCAAGAUAACACAGGCAACGCACCGAUGCAUCUGGCUGCCCUCAAUGGCCAUGCUCACAUUGUGCACCGGCUGCGUCUUACGGGUGCCAACCCCAGCACACGCAGUGUGCGAGGCUUCACUGCGGCUGAUCUGGCAACAACGCUUCCAGCACACCAAGCCGCCUUGCUGCCUUCUCGCCACUACCGGUCUCGGAGUGUUGGAUCUCUUACAUCGCGCCGCCGGCAAAGCAGCUCGGCAUCGCUCAGCUCUAUGUGGGAAGUGUCUUCCGCCUCUGGGUCUCUUGGUCAUGCCGCCGAUGACUUGGAGGAGCUGAACGAUGAGGAGGAAACUACGGACGAUUCCGACUCUGAGCCUCUCCAAUUUGGCUCUUCUCGUCGGUCUAGCAUGCACCAAGAUGCUGAUGCGCAGCUGGACACAAACGAACACAACGUCGCACCUCGAAAUGCUCAGGGCUUCGCUCCGCCAGCUCCUCUUCUCGCGUGGCGUAACCAGCUGGCUCUCCAAAUCAAUCAUUUCCAGCAGAGUGUUGCCAAUGCAUUCCCAAAUCUUCCCGCUCUGCCUCCAAUGCCUCCCAUGCCGGCUAUGCCGGCUAUGCCCGCCAUCCCGGCCAUACCCGCACUCCCAGAUUACCAAGGCCAAGGAAUGAUGCGUCGCAUUACCAAUCUUGUCCCUCAUCGACCUGCUGUUGGUGAUGGCUGGUGGGAUUACCUGAAGGGCAACUCCACGCCUAACCCCAAUCAACCGCCUUCAUACGACGAGCUUUUCCCACACCCUGAUGCCGCCGAGGAGUCCGAUAUGAAGAAAUCUAGUCUGCUCCGUGCGGCAACAGAGGCAGCCAUCGAUCAACACUUCGAGGCCCAGAGCAGCGCUGCCGCUGUCGCUUCGGCUUCGACUACUGCUUCGACUUCUGCGCCCACCCUUGCUCAGGUAGAGAAGGACGAGAUCAAAGACAUCACAAUUGGGUCCAAGGUCAUCUCCCGCGAGCAGCAAAAGCAUCUCCGUGAGCAACAGGCUCGCCGAAUGAAGGGUCUAGCCAGUGACCGAAACUUGUACUUCAUUUGGAUCCCUCUUCUUAUUCUCGUUAUUUGUGCCUGGGGACGAAGCUACGUCCCCGGGAUUUGGCAAGGCGUCACGGACAGCUUUGAAUUUGUGAAAGCUCGCUAUACACAGCCGGCUGUGGAAAUGCGCAUCUAG